GGGGAAUCCUUCUGUUUUUUCCUUGCCAACAUGCAGUCCUCCUCUGUGAGCACAAGCAGUAUUUGCUCAGUAUUUGCUGCUGCAUUUGCUGUGCUCUCCUCUCCUGCCGCUCCAGGGGUCACAUUUUGUGGGUUUUCUGGGACCUUGCUACUACGGCUCCAUUUGUCUUGUGAUCUCUAAGCCAGAGUGGGUUACUUCACUUGGGUGGUUCUGGAGGCUUCUGGAGAGAUUUUCUCCUGUUCCCUGGGCUUGCUGUGAUGGGAACACUAGUCUCUGGGCACUGCCCGUUCUGAGUGGGUGGAAUGGUCGCUGCUAGGAGUGUGAGGAGCCUGGCUGCAGCAUGGCCUUUAUCCUUGCUCUCUCGACUCCUCUAGGGCCAGCUCCCUGGGAAGUGCCAUCCCCUGGCCUGUCCCGAGGCUGGCCCAGCUUUGGGCCAGGUCACACACUGCCCCAUUGUGUGGUGCCUUCCGUGCGCUUCUUGUUGCAGCCUCUGAUCCCUGUGCCAGUCCUCUCCCGGCCCCUUGCCUCGAGCCCGCGGGAGGUGGCAAGGUGGGCUCUGCGGGCGCAGGCCUGGAAUGGGUGGCAGCGGCAGCUGUGGCCAGCUUUGUUCCGACAACCCCACUUUCGGAGCUUGGUGCAGCCUGGCAGCCAUGUCCAGGGAGAAGGCAAGACUGGGGAGCUGCCCCUUGGCAGCAGUGCCCCCUUCCACGUCAGCUCUCCUCUCCUCGGCUUGACCAACCAGAGAGCUCUGUCACCUGGGGUCAGCCACCUGGACUCACUGGCUGGCAAGGGGGCAUGCUGCGCUUCUGCCUGGCAUGAUUUUUGGAUGGGAGAAGGCCCCCGAGGGUCUAGUGCUCCGGAGUUGGGCUGCUCUCAACCAAGCUGUCUGUUUAUAUGGAGUGCCUGGAGGGCGUCUGCCAUGAGUCUGUCGCUAACCGUGCUAACCAGGAGAGCUGGCUGGUGGGGGAGAAGACACUAACCCUUUUCAGGAGCUGUUGGCUAGAGGAAGUGGAGGGGCCGUGGGAUGCAGAGAGCCGAGGGCUAACUCCAGGACAGCGGAACAGAGAGAGCUGCCGACAGUCAGACGCAGGUUGAGAAUCCCUCACAUCCAAGAAUGACCAGUGCGGCCCCUGCUAAGAAACCGUACCGCAAGGCACCCCCUGAGCACCGGGAGUUGCGGCUGGACGGUCCAGGAUCCCAGCUGGAGCAGGAGGAACCCCUGACUGAUGCGGAGAGGAUGAAGCUCUUGCAGCAGGAGAAUGAGGAGCUCCGUCGGCGCCUGGCCUCGGCCACCAGGCGCACUGAGGCCCUGGAGCGCGAGCUGGAGAUUGGGCAGGACUGCUUGGAGCUGGAGCUGGGCCAGAGCCGUGAGGAGCUAGACAAGUUUAAGGACAAGUUCCGCAGGCUUCAGAACAGCUACACGGCUUCUCAGAGGACCAACCAGGAGUUGGAGGACAAGCUGCACACGCUGGCCUCUCUUAGCCACAGCUGGAUCUUUGCAAUCAAGAAGGCUGAGAUGGAUAGGAAGACGCUGGAUUGGGAGAUCGUAGAGCUGACCAAUAAGCUGCUGGACGCCAAGAACACCAUCAACAAACUGGAGGAGCUCAAUGAGAGGUACCGGCUUGACUGCAACCUGGCUGUGCAGCUCCUCAAGUGCAACAAGUCCCACUUCCGCAACCACAAGUUCGCUGAUCUGCCCUGUGAGCUACAGGACAUGGUCCGGAAACAUCUGCACAGUGGUCAGGAAGCUGCCAGCCCUGGCCCCGUCCCUAGCCUGGCACCAGGGGCUGUGGUCCCCACGUCAGUCAUCGCCCGAGUGUUAGAGAAGCCAGAGUCUCUGCUGCUUAAUUCGGCGCAGUCAGGCAGUGCUGGGCGCCCCUUGGCUGAGGAUGUCUUUGUGCAUGUGGACAUGAGUGGGGGUGGCCUGGGUGAACCUGCCAGUCCCCCCGCCCCUGGCAGCCCCACCCCACAACCCAAUGGAGAAUGCCACUCUCUGGGCACUGCCGGGGCCUCCCCAGAGGAGGAAUCGCCCUUGCCAGCCUUUGAGAAGCUGAGUCCCUAUCCCACCCCAUCUCCACCACACCCGCUCUAUCCUGGCCGCAAGGUCAUAGAGUUCUCUGAGGAUAAGGUGCGAAUCCCCCGCAACAGCCCCCUGCCCAACUGUACUUACGCUACGCGCCAGGCCAUUUCCUUGAGCCUAGUGGAGGAGGGCGGUGAGCGGGCCCGCCCCAGCCCAGUGCCCAGCAGCCCCGCCUCGGCCCAGGCAUCACCCCACCAUGAGCCCAGCCCUCUUCCCCCAGUACUCAGUGCCCCAGCCAGCUCUGCCAGCUCCGAGGAGGACCUGCUCGCCAGCUGGCAGCGGGCAUUUGUGGACCGCACUCCACCCCCAGCCUCUGUGGCCCAGCGCACAGCCUUCGGACGCGAUGCACUCCUUGACCUGCAGCACCAUUUUGCUCUUAGUCCCACUGACGGAGAUGAGGUGGUUCUGGCACCUUCUCCACCUAGUGAGAGUGGGCUUUUGCUGCCCCUGGAAGCUGACCCUGGCCCUUCCAGGGAGGAGGAGGAAGAGCUGAACCUGCCCAUCAGCCCUGAGGAAGAACGCCAGAGUCUGCUGCCCAGUGAUGGUGGCACGGAGGAGGGGCUGGUCACUUCCCACACUGAGGGCCGGGCCUGGGCACACCCCAACUCCAGCCGCCCCCAGCGCAGCCCCAAGAGGAUGGGGGUGCACCACCUGCACCGCAAGGACAGCCUGACCCAGGCCCAGGAGCAGGGCAAUCUGCUCAACUAGGGUGCCUGCUUGCUUUCCUACCAUGGCUACACUGGGACCAUGGGAGCCCCCUUACCCUGCCCCAGAGCCCUCCUCCCUCAGGCCAGCACCACUCUGCUCCCUGUGCAGGGUUGGGGGAGAGGGGGAGAGCACACCGGGCUUUUUAGCUGCAUUGACUAUGACUGGCCCCAGCUUGCCUCGUACCUUUCCCUUUUCUUUAUAGAGUAUGUACUUACCAAAGGUAACAUGCAGCUGGGGCUCUAGACCUUUCUUCCGGUCAGCCCAAACUGGGCUGUUCUGGGGUGCUGACAGGUCUGUUACAUCAGUGUUCAUCUUCCAUCCCCAUUUCGUACCCACAAAUGGUUUUCUUGUUUGUUUUCCAAGGGUGGGAGGGGAAUGUCAUUUGGAUUAUUAACUUCUAAUUUCUAUUUUCUGCCUGCUUUCCUCUCCUCAAGUCCUCUGCACAAGCUGUUGCAUUCAAGGGGUCCUUGGGGGAUGAGGGAGAGGACUCACUCAGGGCUUGCCUCAGCUUUGUCCAUCCUCUCUCUGGGAGGGAGAAGAGGGAGGGAUUUGGGGGCCUCAAGCUGGGCUGUGGGUGAGGCCUGGCCCCCUCCCAACCUUGGCUCUAGACUGUUACUCCCAGCUUUGGGACGUUUUCACAUCAAUGACUAUUUUAAAAUUAAAACUAUUUUACUGAUACUGCCUAA